GCCCAUCCAAUUGGACUUGCUCCCCGGCGCGGAUUUCGGUUGAGCCCAUAUUUUGCAUUCAAAUUCGUUCAAUUAAAUGCGGUUUUUGUGUAAAGUGCACCGCGAUUGUAAUUAUAAAAUCGCCAGUAAUCGAUCAUUGUUGAGUCGUGGGUGAAAUUAAAGCUAAUCAAAGGCCGGGGAAGUGCUUAAGCAAUUUUCAGCUGCGCAGUUUGGAGACAACUAAAGAAAUACACACACCACAUCGUUCGCCAUCCGUCUUAACUGGAAGAGUAAACAAAACACCAAGCAACAUGACAAAUAUGCGCCCGCAGAAAUCCAAGUUGCUGAAGGUCGUCAUACUGGGCGAUGGGGGCGUCGGAAAAUCCGCCCUUCUCACCCGCUUCGUUUCGAACCGCUACGAGGAGAACAAUUUCCACACCAUCGGCGUUGAGUUCAUGAACAAGGACAUAGUUGUCGAUGGCGAGCGAUACACACUACAGAUAUGGGAUACCGCUGGUCAGGAGCGUUUCCGGGCGCUGCGAACACCUUUCUACAGGGGAUCAGACAUUUGCCUGCUGUGCUAUGCUCUCGAUGAUCGGGACAGCUUGAAUGGAUUGAAUCUAUGGAGGAAUGAAUUCCUUAACUAUGCGGAUGUGGAUGCCGAAAAAUUUCCCUUCAUUGUGGUGGGCAAUAAGAACGACUUACCACAGCAGAAGCGCCAGGUGAGCUACGACCGCGUGCAGCAAUGGUGCGCCGACCAGAAGAUUGCCUCCCACAUCGAAACGUCCUCGAAGGCGGCCACCAAUGUCACGGAUGCCUUCAUCCUGGGCCUCCGCCAAUGGCGGCACAUGGAGUGCGUGGCGGAGGCGGAGCUGCGACAGCAUGGCGACACUAUUGACCUCACCCGCCCCAUUCGUCUGGUACAGCGGCGCAUCUGUUGCACGGGUGGCGGUGGUGGUCAGGAUGGGGAUGGGGAUAAUGACAGCGAUGCCGCCAUGCGGAGUCCGGGUAAAAAGCGCAAUGCAGCAAAGGCGCCAGCCACCAAUUAUCGACUGUGAGCAGACAGACUUUCAGUUGUUAGGGAAUCUACGCUUAAUUUAACCACUUAUCGAGGUCCUGACCUUGACCCUACUCCCAGCAAGUGCAUUCCAUUCUAAGCAGGAAAAGAGACAGACCAAAAAAAGUUAACAAACGAUAAAUUAAUGGUACAUACAUACAUAUUCUAAAGAAUGUUUUCUAUGAUUUACUUUUUGAAGUAACUAGCAAACGAAUAUAUUCUAAUAUAACAGCGAAUAUUAGGACAGAAACCAGUUUUGUCUUUAAAUUUAUAUAAAUUUUAAUUUAUGAAUUGAUUUAAGAUUAUAUUCAACAAGUUGAAUGAACCAAAUAAUAUGAAAACGCUUUUCAAAUAAUACAAAACGAAAUAUUUAGACUCUUGUACUGUAAAACAGUUAAAACAAGUGUCUUAAACAAUGGAAAUAAAUGAAUUUUUUCCUUAAAUAAUAUACAAAAUACGCUAAAUCACACUCGGGUUACUUUUAAUGAAUACUUAAAAUGCUUUGAUUGUAAAAACGAAAUAUAUAGACUCUUGUACUGUAAAACAGUUUAAACAAGUGUCUUAAACAAUGGAAAUAAAUGAAUUUUUUCCUUAAAUAAUAUACAGAAUACGCUAAAUCACACUCGGGUUACUUUCAAUGAACACUAAAAAUGCUUUGAUUGUAAAAAUGUUAGCCUUUCGAUGUGCCUUAGGAACUAAGACCAAAUAUUGUUUCAGUAUAUGAAAACAAUAAAACACUCAGUACGUACAAUUUAACUCAAACAUCACCAAUGUUAUUAAAAAAAACGACAUAUUUUGACUGCUACUUACCCCACUGUUUAUAAAUGAAUUAUUUUAUGAAUAUUUAUAAUAAAUUGAUGUAAAUUUGGAAAAUAAACCAUGUUUGAAGUUCGGGCAUCUCAU